AUGGGCUGGCUUAGCAAAAUCUUCAAGGGUUCAAACCAUAGAGUUUCAGAGGGAAGAUACGAUUGGAGGUAUGAAGCUGAAGCUGAUACCGUAGAAAAUAAUCCAUCUACAUCGUGGGAUGAUUCAUGGUCAGAGAUUGGAGACAUCGACCGUGCUAUUGCUUUAUCACUUUCAGAAGAAGAACAGAAAAGAAACAGCGUGACUGACAGUGAACCGCAUAUAGAAGAAGAUGAACAACUUGCCAGGGCUCUUCAGGAGAGCUUGAAUGUCGAGUCUCCACCCGAAUCACACAAUCAAAAUGAAAAUGUUUCUGAAAAUGGAUAUGAAAGCGGAUAUGGGCAUGAAAAUGAGAGUCUCUACCAGCCUAUACAGUUUCCAUAUUCAGUAGGCUUCAGGAUAUGUGCUGGCUGUAACACAGAAAUCGGGCAUGGGAGAUUUUUAAGUUGUAUGAGUGCAGUUUGGCACCCAGAAUGUUUUAGAUGCCAUGCAUGCAGGCAACCAAUAUCGGAUUACGAGUUUUCCAUGUAUGGGAGCUACCCGUAUCACAAGACUUGCUACAAGGAGUCGUAUCAUCCGAAAUGUGAUAUCUGCAGUCACUUUAUUCCUACAAAUGCAGCUGGCCUAAUUGAAUAUAGGGCUCAUCCUUUUUGGUCCCAAAAGUACUGCCCGAGCCAUGAGCAUGAUGGUACAGCUCGAUGCUGUAGCUGUGAGAGAAUGGAGUCAUGGGAUGCGAGAUUUGCUGCACUUAACGAUGGUCGAAAGCUCUGCCUGGAGUGUUUGGACUCGGCAGUUAUGGACACUGAUGAGUGCCAGCCGCUUUUUCUCGAUAUACUUGAGUUCUUUGAAGGGCUGAAUAUGAAAAUUACCCAGCAAGUCCCGUUACUUUUGGUCGAGAGGCAAGCAUUGAAUGAGGCAAUGGAUGGAGAGAGACAUGGGCAUCAUCACAUGCCUGAGACGAGGGGUCUUUGUCUCUCGGAGGAACAAACAAUCAGCACUAUACUGAGGAGACCCAGGACAGGUGGAGGAAAUCGAGCAAUGGGCAUGAGAACAGAGCCUUAUAAAUUAACUAGACAUUGUGAAGUGACAGCCAUCCUCAUUUUGUAUGGUCUUCCAAGGUUGCUGACUGGAUCAAUUUUGGCUCAUGAGAUGAUGCAUGCCUGGCUACGACUUAAUGGUUAUCGAACUCUCAGACAAGACGUCGAAGAAGGAAUCUGCCAGGUCAUUGCCUGCAUGUGGCUGGAAUCUCAGAUUCUGUUCAUGUCUGAUGAUGAAAAUGCUUCCACCUCAUCAUCAUCAUCAUAUGCCUCGACUUCAAGACAAGGAGCAAGAUCACCGUUCGAGAAGAAACUCAGCGUGUUUUUCAAACACCAGAUUGCGACCGAUACAUCUAUUGUGUAUGGACAAGGUUUUAGGACUGGUAAUCAGGCUGUGCAGAAAUUCGGCUUGCAGAGAACCCUCGACCACAUGAGGGAAACGGGAAACUUUCCUUACUGA